AUGCUCGGCAAAAUCGCACUCGAAGAAGCCUUUGCGCUUCCCCGAUUCAAGGAGAAGACAAAAUGGUGGGCGGGCAUGUUCGCAACCGACACAGACAAGCACACAGCUGAGAUCAACGACGUCGGACCAAUUCGCCUCGACUUCGCCGAGCGAUACGGCGUCGGUCUCCAGAUCCUCAGCUACACAGCACCUGGCGUGCAAGACAUCUGGGAUGCAAAGGAUGCGCAGGCACUGGCCGUUGAGAUCAAUGAUUAUAUUGCGGAGAAGGUGAAAGCGCACCCAGACCGAUUCGCCGCUUUUGCCACGCUCUCCAUGCAUGACCCACAAGAAGCGGCCGCCGAGCUGCGACGCUGUGUAACACAGUACGGGUUCCUCGGAGCACUCGUCAAUGACACACAGCGCGCCGGCGCCGACGGCGAUGAUAUGAUCUUCUACGAUAACGAGAAAUGGGACGUCUUCUGGGCGACAUGCACCGAGCUCGACGUACCCCUGUAUCUCCACCCGCGCAACCCAACGGGAACAAUCUACGAAAAACUCUGGGCAGACCGAAAAUGGCUCAUCGGGCCGCCACUGUCCUUUGCGCACGGCGUCAGUCUUCACGCGCUGGGCAUGGUGACCAACGGGGUCUUUGACCGUCACCCAAAGCUGCAGGUGAUUCUUGGACAUUUGGGGGAGCAUAUCCCCUUCGAUAUGUGGCGGAUUAACCACUGGUUCGAGGAUCGGAAGAAGAUGCUCGGGCUGCAGGAGACGUGUAAGCGGACGAUUCGGGAGUAUUUCGCGGAGAAUCUGUGGAUUACCACCUCGGGACAUUUCUCGACUACCACGCUUAACUUUUGUAUGGCGGAGGUUGGCUCGGAUCGCAUUCUGUUCUCUAUUGAUUAUCCGUUUGAGACGUUUGAGGAUGCCUGUGACUGGUUUGAUUCGGCCGAGAUGUCGAAUACCGAUCGGUUGAAGAUUGGCCGGGAGAAUGCGAAGAAGCUGUUCAAGCUUGGGGCUUACAAGGAUAGUGAGGCUUGA